AUGGACCAAGGCAGCGUGGGAGUGGCAGACCUGCCGGCCGCGGCGGUGGAGCAGAUCCUGCUCCUGCUCCCGCCGCACGACCGUGCGGCAGCGUCCGCCACCUGCCGCACCUGGCGCUCCAUCGAAAUCUCCUCCCGCCUGCUGUACGGCGACGUGACCCUGGACGGGCACUCCCUGGGCCCCGCGGACGGGGACGGCACGGCCCGGUCCCUGGGCUCCUGGCUGGCCGCCCGGCUGGAGGCCAUCCAGCACUUCAAGCUCUGGACGCCCUACCCCCUGGACUCCCUGGCCGGGGGGGUGGUGGACCUGCUGGCCUCCGCCAACAAGCUGGCCAGCCUGCAGUACGUCUCCUCCGACCAGGGCCUGCCCGCCGCACUGGGCUCCCUGGCCAAACUGACCAGCCUGCGCGCGCUGCAGAUACUGGUGCCCGGUGACGGCGGCGCCAGCCUGGCCCUGCGCGCGCGAGACAUCUCCAAGCUGAAGCCGCUGCGCAACCUGCGCGCCAUGCGCCUGAGCGUGGCCGAGAUCCGGGGCGGGCUGCCCACACCGCUGCUCAAGGCCUGGUCCCGGCUGGAGUCGCUGCACAUCACCUCCCGCUUCCGCAUGGCCGGGGAGAGCCUGCGCCACCUCACCUCCCUGCGCCGCCUGGAGCUGGACGGCGUGACGCUGAGUCCGCCCGACGCCAGCGUGGCCCAGGGCCUCAAGCAGCUGACGCACCUGGCGCUGACGCCGGCGCGCGAGGACGCCGCGCGCUGGCAGGAGCUGGAGCUCUGGCCCGCGCUGCAGCGCUUGCCCAGCCUGGCCAGCCUGCACGCCACCGUGGACCUCCUGUCUUUGAUGGGGGAGGACGGCACGCUGGGCGGCGACGCCGUCGAGGGCGGCGUCCCAGAGGGCAUCCUGGCUUGCGGGCACCUGGAGUCGCUGGUGCUACCCAUGGUGCUGAGCCAGCUGCCGGAGCUGCGCCCGGGUCAGCUCCCCGCGCUGACCUCGCUGGCGCUGCCCUCCUCCCUGGCCGAGCGCUGGCCCGCCAGCUGGUGUCUGCACCUCCCCGCCCUGCGCCGCCUGGACCUGUCCGGCGCGGCCAGCCUGGGCCGCGCCCUGCCCCGCGAGUUCUCCGCCCUGCGCCGCCUGGAGUUCCUGGAGCUGCGCGCCUGCGGCCUGGAGGCCGUGCCCGCACCUGUGGCUGCGCUGCCCGCGCUGCGCCGCCUGGACCUGGGCAUCAACCGCCUGGCCGGGCUGGCCCCGGGGCCCUACCUGGCGGGCCUGGAGUGGCUGUGCCUGCGCCAGAACCCGCGCCUGCGCGCGCUGCCCGCCGAGCUGGCGGCCGCGCCUCAUCUCGCACACCUCGACCUGGGCGAGUGCGAGGCGCUGGAGCUGGGAGGCGCCGACGUGCGGGUGGGGAAGAGCUGCCUCCUGCUCCGAUUCGCCGAGGACUCCUUCACCUCCAGUUUCAUCACCACCAUCGGCAUCGACUUCAAGAUCAAAAAGGUGCUCAUAGAUGGCAAGUGGGUGAAGCUCCAGAUCUGGGACACGGCCGGUCAAGAACGCUUCCGCACCAUCACCAGCGCCUACUACCGCGGCGCCAUGGGGAUCCUGCUGGUGUAUGACGUCACCGACGAGUCCUCCUUCAGCAACAUCCGGAACUGGAUGCGGAACAUCGAGGCCCACGCCAGCGAGCAUGUGGUCAAGGCCCUGGUGGGGAACAAGAGCGACAUGGAUGAGUCGCGGCGCGCGGUACCCUACUCCCGAGGACAGGCGCUGGCCGACGAAUACAAGCUGCCCUUCUUCGAGACCUCCGCCAAGAGCAACGCCAACGUGGACGAGGUGUUCCAGGCGAGACGGCGGCCCAUGCAGCCGUUUGCCGGCCUCGCGCGUCGCCGCAGCGAUGCCCCUUCCUGGCGCCCGGCGCACGCAUCCCUGCAUGCCCCCUCCCUUUCCUGCCGCUCGUUCGUCUGA